AUGCUGCCCCGCGAGGGACGGGGACUCCUUCGCUUUGGGCUGUGUCUCUGGUGGCAUGUAUUCGCACUUUGCUUCAGAGGAUGUGCAGGCUGUGCGUCCGAGGAGAGGCUCUUUCACAAACUGUUCGCUCGUUAUAACCGGUUCAUCAGGCCCGUGGAAAACGUUUCCGACCCGGUCACUGUGCACUUUGAAGUGGCCAUCACGCAGCUGGCCGACGUGGAUGAAGUAAACCAGAUCAUGGAAACCAAUCUGUGGCUACGUCACAUAUGGAAUGAUUAUAAAUUGCGCUGGGACCCAGUGGAAUAUGAUGGCAUUGAGACUCUUUGUGUUCCUGCGGAGAAGAUCUGGAAGCCUGACAUUGUUCUCUACAACAACGCUCUCGGCAACUUCCAAGUCAAAGGCAAGACAAAAGCUCUUCUUAAAUACGAUGGCAUGAUAACCUGGACUCCACCAGCUAUUUUUAAGAGUUCCUGUCCUAUGGAUAUCACUUUUUUCCCUUUCGAUCAUCAAAAUUGUUCCCUGAAAUUUGGUUCCUGGACCUAUGACAAAGCUGAAAUUGAUCUUCUAAUCAUUGGCUCUAAAGUGGACAUGGAUGAUUUUUGGGAAAACAGUGAAUGGGAAAUUGUCGAUGCUUCUGGCUACAAGCAUGACAUAAAAUACAACUGUUGUGAAGAGAUAUACACAGACAUAACCUAUUCUUUCUACAUUAGAAGACUGCCGAUGUUUUACACGAUUAAUCUGAUCAUCCCCUGUCUCUUUGUUUCAUUUCUAACUGUGUUGGUUUUCUACCUUCCUUCUGACUGUGGUGAAAAAGUGACGCUUUGCAUUUCAGUUCUGCUUUCCCUGACGGUGUUUUUGCUGGUGAUCACAGAAACCAUCCCGUCUACGUCUCUCGUGAUCCCCUUGGUGGGCGAGUACCUGCUCUUCACCAUGAUCUUCGUCACCUUGUCCAUCGUGGUGACGGUGUUUGUGUUGAACACCCACCAUCGCACCCCGACCACACACACCAUGCCCGUGUGGGUGAAGGCAGUCUUCCUCCGGCUGUUACCCCAGAUCCUGAUGAUGAGGAGGCCUCUGGACAAGAGAAAAGGGACAAGAUCUGACAAAAACCCCAAAGCCUUCUCUGGUAGGCCAGCCAAAGUCAAGUUCGAUCCUCGCAGAGAGCCCAAACUUCUUAAAGAAUGCUGCUCCUGUCAUAAGUCUAGUGAGAUCGCCACCAGCAAGAGACGAUUGAGUCAUCAGCCUUUACAAUGGAUGACUGAAAAUUUGGAGCCCUCACCUGAAGUCGAAGAUGUAAUUGACAGUGUUCAAUUCAUAGCAGAAAACAUGAAGAACCAAAAUGAAACAAAGGAGGUAGAGGACGACUGGAAAUACGUGGCCAUGGUGGUGGACAGGGUGUUCCUGUGGGUGUUUAUAAUCGUCUGCGUGUUUGGAACUGCAGGGCUGUUUGUGCAGCCACUCCUGGGCAACACAGGACAUUCGUAA